UGCCAGCAUUUUGACAACAUAGCAAAGUUGAAAACCCAAAGGGAAAAUCAGUGUCCGCCAAAGAUCCAUUAUGCAGACAGAAAAGCCAGAAACCUUUUGACAGUCUGGGCCCUGGGAGUCCUCCCCAGGCCUUGGCUCUGGGCCUUGGGGUCAUCCCCAUCCUCCAGAUGAGGAAACUGAGGCUCAGAACACAGUGGCCUUGCCUGAGGUGCCUGAGCACAGAAGUGGGAGCCCCAGAAGCUAUACUCAAACACCCUUGACCUUUAAACCUGCCCACACACACUUUUGUGCCACGCAGGCAGGAUGGAAGCUCAGUGGGUAUCCUCAGGCACAUCAGCCCCUCUCCUGGGACAUUUAGUCCAGCCACAGGAGUGUCCUGGGGAAUUGCAGGCACGGACCAGCCCGGAGGCAUGGGAGGCAACUGGCAGAAUUGUAGGCAAGUGAGGGUGCCUGCAGUGCAGAACCCAGCCGAAGGCCACACACACUACAAUGGGACCUCACUCUGUCCCCUGGAGCAGUGGAAGGGCAGUGACCAAGGAUAAGUUCUGUAGGCCAGAUGUCCCCUCGUCCCACUGGCAUCUGGGUCUCCGUGGGGAGCCUCGGUGCCAUCAGCCCCAUCCACUGUGAUGCUAGACUGGGGCCAGUGCCUCCUCCAAGGUCUCUGUACCCAAAAGGGCAGAACUCUUGCCCCAGCUCGCAAAUGGAUUCAGACCCUCUGUGGCUCCUGUCUCCUUUGGAAUCCAAUACAAACUGCUCCCCAAGCCCUUGAGGCUCCUAAGCUGCCCCCCCACACACACACACACACCUCCCUCUAUACUUCCCAUCCCCAGGUCAGCUACACCGGUUCUCUCUGUGCUUCUCGGCAUGCUGGGUGGCUCUUGCCUCAGGGUCUUUACACCUGCCACUCCCACCACUCCCCCCCCCCACCUCCUGGCUGGCUCCUCCUCUGCCCAGGGGUCACUUUUUCCUUCCAGACCUACCCACCCACCUGUGUUGUUCCUAUCUUCAUAUAUGUUGGGCCGUCGUGCUCCCAGCCAUGUCCCAUGUCCAACACAGGGUCUGGCACACUGCAGGGUCUCAGUCCACCUUGGUGGUAGGGUGGGGUCCACCCCUGAUUGCCCCAUCACCCCAGGAGGAGAAGGAGAAGCGGCGCCUGGAGCAGCUGGAGCGCAAAAAGGAGGCCCAGCGCUUGCUGGAGGAGGAGGACUCGAAGCUCAAGAGCAGCAAGGCCCCCCGGGUAGCUGUGCCAAGCAAAGUCACCCGUGCCCAGAUUGAGGAGACGCUCCGCAGAGACCAUCAGCACAAGGAAGCCCAAGAACCAGCCGAGAAAGUCAAGAGCCACCUGGAGGUGCCACUGGAGGAAAACGUGAACCGCCGAGUGCUGGAGGAGGGCAGCUUGGAGGCGCGCACCAUCGAGGACGCCAUCGCGGUGCUCAGCGUGGUGGAGGAGGCCGGAGACAGGCACCCAGAGCGCCGCAUGCGGGCUGCUUUCACCGCCUUUGAGGAGGAACAACUGCCUCGGCUCAAGCAAGAGAACCCCAACAUGCGGCUGUCGCAGCUGAAGCAGCUACUCAAGAAGGAGUGGCUGCGCUCACCAGACAACCCCAUGAACCAGCGGGCCGUGCCCUUCAACACCCCCAAGUGAGCCCCGAACUGGGGGAGCAGCCCCACGAACUGGGGGAGCCGCCCUAGGGGCGGUCAGGGUCGUGAUCCUGCUGCCGUCUCACCGGGUCAGGUCCCAGGGUUAGAGAGGCCCGGGCCAGUGCGUGUCCUGGGGGCUAGUUGGCAUCAUCAGCCAUGCCCCCCCGCCCAGGGUCCCUGCUGUGAGUGACACCCACCGCCCUCCCGUGUGCAGUCCUGGGCUGAUGCCCAAUAAAGGUGGUGGGUGAGGCA